GCGAUACCUAGGCGCCUGAGUGGCUCUCCACCGGUGAGGGUUUGCUGCGAAGAUGGAGUAUUCCGCGCCAGCCACGGUGCAGGCCGCGGACGGCGGAGGGGCCGGGCCUUACAACAGCUCGGAGUUACUGGAGGGCCAGGAGCCGGACGGGGUGCGCUUUGACCGCGAGAGGGCGCGCCGCCUGUGGGAAGCCGUGUCCGGUGCCCAGCCGGUGGGUAGGGAGGAAGUGGAGCACAUGAUCCAGAAGAACCAAUGUCUCUUCACCAACACCCAGUGUAAGGUUUGCUGCGCCUUGCUUAUUUCUGAGUCCCAGAAGCUGGCACAUUACCAGAGCAAAAAACAUGCCAACAAAGUGAAGAGAUACCUAGCAAUCCAUGGAAUGGAGACAUUAAAGGGGGAAACGAAGAAGCUAGACUCAGAUCAGAAGAGCAGCAGAAGCAAAGACAAGAACCAGUGCUGCCCCAUCUGUAACAUGACCUUUUCCUCCCCUGUCGUGGCCCAGUCUCACUACCUGGGGAAGACCCACGCAAAGAACUUAAAGCUGAAGCAGCAGUCCACUAAGGUGGAAGCCCUGUCGAAACGCCUUACAAAUCCUUUCCUUGUGGCCUCCACCUUAGCCUUGCACCAGAAUAGAGAGAUGAUAGACCCAGACAAGUUCUGCAGCCUCUGCCAUGCAACUUUCAACGACCCUGUCAUGGCUCAACAACAUUAUGUGGGCAAGAAACACAGAAAACAAGAGACCAAGCUCAAACUAAUGGCACGCUAUGGGCGGCUGGCGGACCCUGCUGUCAGUGACUUUCCAGCGGCACUAUUCACAAUAGCAAAGACUUGGAACCAACCCAAAUGUCCAACAACGAUAGACUGGAUUAAGAAAAUGUGGCACAUACACACCAUGGAAUACUAUGCAGCCAUAAAAAAGGAUGAGUUCAUGUCCUUUGUAGGGACAUGGAUGAAGCUGGAAACCAUCAUUCUGAGCAAACUAUCGCAAGGACAGAAAACCAAACACUGCAUGUUCUCACUCACAGGUGGGAAUUGAACAAUGAGAACAUUUGGAUACAGAGUGGGGAACAUCACACACCCAGGCCUGUCAUGGGGUUGGGGGAGGGGGGAGGGAUAGCAUUAGGAGAUAUACCUAAUGUAAAUGAUGAGUUAAUGGGUGCAGCACACCAACAUGGUACAUGUAUACGUAUGUAACAAACCUGCACGUUGUGCACAUGUACCCUAGAACUUAAAAGUAUAAUAAAAUAAAUAAUAAAAAUAAAAAAAUUAUUACUGAAUGGAAUAUUCAUUUUAUGCUAGUUAUUUCGAGUUUUUAAAUACAUAGAGGAACGUAUUAUAGAAAGACCUCUGUGGCUGGGUGUGAUGGCUCACGCCUGUAAUCUCAGCACUUUGGGAGGCCGAGGCGGGUGGAUCACCUGAGGUCAGGAGUUCGAGACCAGCCUGGCCAACCUGGUGAAACCCGAAACCCCGUCUCCACUAAAAAUACGAAAAAUUAACCGGGUGUGGUGGUGGGCACCUGUAAUCCCAGCAGGAGAAUCACUUGAACCCGGGAGGCGGAGGUUGCAGUGAACUGAGAUCGCACCAUUGCACUCCACCCUGGGUGACAAGAGUGAAACUCUGUCUCAAAAAAAAAAAAAAAAGACCUGUGUCUCUUUUUCAAGUUUUGUUUUUUCUCUUUUUUUUGGUCCUUAUGUAGAACAAAUAAAGACUCUAAAACUAAGUUGUAUAUUAUCAAUUAGAGAUGCAGGUGGCAAUCAAGCCAAAUAACAUGACUUUAAAAUCCGGUGUUCUCAGCCGGGCACAGUGGCUCACACCUGUAAUCCCAGCACUUUGGGAGGCUGAGGUGGGUGGAUCAUUUGAGGUUAGGAGUUCAACACCAGCCUGGUCAACAUGGCAAAACCCUGUCUCUACUAAAAAUACAAAAAAAUUAGCCGGGCGUGGUGGCAUGCAUCUGUAAUCCCAGCUACUCAGGAUGCUGAGGCAGGAGAAUCACUUGAGCCUGGGCGGCGGAGAUUGUGGUGAGCCAAGAUUGUGCCACUGCACUCCAGUCUGGGCGACGGGGUGAGACCCUGUCGCAAAAAAAAAAAAAAAGAAAAAUCAGGUGUUCUACACCUUCACUCUGAGGUCAUAGAUUUUCUUAUUUAUUUAUUUAUUUAUUUAUUGAGACAGAGUUUCGCUCUUAUUUCCCAGGCUGGAGUGCAAUGGCGCGAUCUCGGCUUACCGCAACCUCCACCUCCUGGGUUCAAGCAAUUCUCCUGCCUCAGCCUCCCGAGUAGCUGGGAUUAUAGGCAUGCGCCACCACGGCUGGCUAAUUUUGUAUUUUUAGUAGAGAUGGAGUUUCACCAUGUUGGCCAUGCUGGUCUCAGACUCCUGACCUCAGGUGAUGUGGCCGCCUCGGCCUACCAAAUUGCUGGGAUUACAGGCAUGAGCCACCAUGCCCAGCCUGAGGUCAUAGAUUUUCAAGAGGACUUGGAUUUGAAGAAUAUCGAUAGUUUUUUUAUUAAAAAGAAAAAAAAAUAGCUGGGCGCAGUGGCUCAUGCCUGUAAUCCCAGCACUUUGGGAGGCUGAGGCAGGUGGAUCACCUGAGGUCAGAAGUUCGACACCAGCCUCAACAUGGAGAAACCCCGUCUCUCCUAAAAAUACAAAAUUAGCCAGGCGUAGUGGUGCAUGCCUGUAAUCUCAGCUACUUGGGAGGCUGAGGCAGGAGAAUUGCUUGAACCUGGGAGGCGGAGGUUGCAGUGAGGCGAGAUCUUGCCAUUGCACUCCAGCCUGGGCAACAAAAGCGAAACUCUGUCUCAAAAAAAAAAAUAAAAUAAAAUAAAAUAAAAUAACUAGGCAGAGAGGCAGGGGUAUUAGAUCCCCUUUUGAUAGGAAUAUAUACAUUAUAAUUUUAAUCUCCACACAUUCCUAUAAAUAGAUAUGAUGUCGACCACUUUACAAAUAAAGAGGUUGAGACCCAGAGUGAAUGGUUCAAGCUCAUACAGCUGAUAAGACCUUGAUGUUAAUAAAUGUUGAUAUCACUUUGGGUCUUUAGCUCUGUGUGGCUGCAAACCUUACAGUCCUUCCACGUGCCUCCAGCUCUCAGCAUACUUGGCAGGAGGCUCUCCAAGUGUAGGAUGUCUAGCAGAGGCACUGAGCCCCACUCUGUCCCCCUUCUUACAGAGGUGGGCUGUUGACCUAGAAUAUGCAGGCAAUGACUUCAGCUAACAAGGAUUCUACCUUAGCAAAGAAUUUAGGUGUUUGUUUUUGUAGAGACAGGGUUUCACCAUGUUGGCUAGGCUGGUGUGGAACUCCUGGCCUCAAGUGAUCCACCCGCCUCGCCCUCCCAAAGUGCUGGGAUUACAGGCAUGAGCCACCAUGCCCGGUCUAUUUAGGUUUGUUAACAGCUUGACUUCUCCCUGCUGGCUUCAUUCAAGGCCAUUCAUUCAUUUAGUUCAUUCAUUUAGUCAAGUCAUCUAACACUUACUGAUAGGUGUUAUAGUCCAGGGCUUGGGCUAGGUGCUCUCACAUUUAAUUACCUGAUGUAAUCCUGACAAUAACUGUUGAACAACUUUGAUUAUCCCCA